AUGGCCGACACCGAGCCCGAACUGGAGAGAUCCCCAAACCCGCCCUUCCUUCCACUCAGCCUUGCUUCGAACUGCAUGAAGUUGGCGGAUCUCAACUGCGUACCCCGUGAGAGCGACGCCGAAAAUGAGUGCCUUCGUGCUGAGUUGGGUUGGGUUAAGAAGGAAAACGCUGGCACACGAGAGUACAUCCUCAAGGUGGUUGAGAUUGUUGCGAACGCAGCCAUUCUUACUACUGGUGGUGAGGUCGAAGCCUCUCAUAAGCGCAUAAUCAGGAACUUGCACACUGGUUUCAGCAUUGUGUCCCACUCCCAGUAA